UACUAAGUAAUCUCGAUAGAGACUUUUCAACCAUGAAAUAAAAGCCCAUUGUGAGGCAGCUGGAGUAAACAAACAAGCGUACAACUUCCCACACUGAACGACAGGAGAAAGACGUUUGGAAUGUGAUGUCAAAAGCGGGCCGAAAAACAACAACUAGCAUCAUUGGUCUAGUGGUAGAAUUCAUCGUUGCCAUCGAUGAGGCCCGUGUUCGAUUCACGGAUGAUGCACUCUUUUUUCGUCUGGGAUUUUUUUUCGUCUGGGAAAAAUAUGUCUAUUUUUAUUUUUUUUUCAUCAUAAUACUCAUUUAUACUCCAAGUUGAGGCAACAGACCUAGCGGUCUUAUAUAAGGGUAUCUAUCUAUCUAAU